AUGGAUUUGGAGCUUCUCAAGAGAAGCUAUGGAGAAGUUGGAAUCGGACAAAAUUCAAAAAAGAUGUAUAGCAAUUUUAAGGAACAAGCAAUUGUGUAUGUAAAGCAAGCAGUUGAAGAAGACACAGCUGGUAAUUAUGCAAAGGCCUUUACACUUUACAUGAAUGCAUUAGAAUACUUCAAGACCCAUUUGAAGUAUGAAAAGAAUCCAAAGCUUAAAGAAGCAAUCACCCAAAAAUUCACCGAUUAUUUGAGGAGGGCUGAGGAAAUUAGGGCUGUUCUCGAGGAUGGAGGAGGCAAUAAACCCUCAUCAAAUGGAGGAGAUACAGGGGUCGCUACAAGGCCUAAAUCAAAUAAAAAGAACGGAGAUGGAGAUGGUGGUGAAGAUUCUGAACAGUCUAAACUUAGAUCAGGGCUUAAUUCUGCAAUUAUAAGAGAGAAACCGAAUGUUAAAUGGAAUGAUGUUGCGGGUCUUCAGAGUGCUAAACAAGCUUUGCAGGAAGCUGUGAUUCUACCUGUGAAGUUCCCACAAUUCUUUGUUGGGAAGAGACGGCCAUGGAGAGCUUUUUUAUUAUACGGACCACCAGGAACAGGAAAAUCCUACUUGGCUAAAGCUGUGGCAACGGAAGCGGAUUCAACUUUCUUCAGUAUAUCUUCUUCGGAUUUGGUUUCAAAAUGGAUGGGAGAAAGUGAAAAGUUGGUUUCAAAUCUAUUCCAAAUGGCUCGAGAAAGCGCCCCUUCAAUUAUUUUCAUUGAUGAAAUAGACUCAUUGGUGGGCCAACGUGGUGAAGGAAACGAAAGUGAAGCAUCUCGCCGUAUUAAAACCGAACUUCUUGUUCAAAUGCAGGGUGUUGGGAAUAAUGAUGACAAAGUUCUCGUUCUUGCAGCUACAAAUACUCCGUAUUCAUUAGAUCAGGCUAUUAGGCGAAGAUUCGACAAGCGGAUUUAUAUUCCUCUACCCGAUGUAAAGGCAAGGCAGCACAUGUUUAAGGUACACCUUGGAGAUACGCCUCACAACCUGACUGAUCGUGACUUUGAGCAACUGGGGUAUAGGACAGAAGGGUUUUCUGGUUCGGAUAUUGCUGUUUGUGUUAAUGAGGUCCUGUUUGAACCUGUACGUAAAACGCAAGAUGCUAUGUUUUUUAUUAAAACAUCUGAUGACACCUGGGUGCCUUGCGGACCAAGACACCCAGGCGCCAUUGAGAUCACUAUGCAGGAUCUCGCUGCACAAGGGCAAGCAGAAAAGAUCCUUCCACCGCCGAUAUCGAGAACAGAUUUUGACAAAGUUUUAGCAAGACAGAAACCUACCGUAAGCAAAUCGGAUCUAGAAUUGCAUGACAGAUUUACGAGAGAGUUUGGAGAAGAAGGAUGAUGAUUGAUUGAUUCUUUGAAUGAAAUGUGUAUAUUUGAAUUAUUAAUGGAUGAUUUUCUACAAAUGUGACAUCAAGAAUAUUAUGUGCAGUUGAAUGUCAUUUGCAAUUUUUUUGGCUU